AUGAGACUAAUGAAGCGAAGGCAGAAGAAGGCUCAUAUAAUGGAAAUUCAGGUUAACGGAGGAACUGUUUCCCAAAAAGUAGAUUGGGCUCGUCAAAGGCUGGAAAAACAGAUACCAGUCGCUAACGUUUUUUCUCAAGAAGAAAUGAUUGAUGUUAUUGGUGUCACAAAGGGAAAGGGCUUUAAAGGGGUUACCUCUAGGUGGCAUACAAAGAAGUUGCCGCGUAAAACACAUAAAGGACUACGUAAAGUAGCCUGUAUUGGCGCCUGGCAUCCUGCUCGCGUUGGCAGGACAGUAGCAAGAGCUGGCCAAAAAGGUUAUUUUCAUCGGACAGAGCUUAACAAAAAAAUUUAUAGAAUCGGGCUCGGUAUACAGGCCCAGUCAGAAGCUGCAAGAGUAGAGAACACCAAAGAUGAUAAGUUGGCUCCAGUACAACCUCAGGGAAAUGCUUCAACAUUGCACGACCUUACACCAAAGAAUAUUACUCCAAUGGGGGGGUUCCCGCACUAUGGCAUUGUCAAAAACGAUUAUGUAAUGAUUAAAGGCUGUUGUAUGGGACCGAAAAAACGAGUCAUUACUUUAAGAAAAACUUUGAUCACACAGUCAAAUAGACGAGCAAAAGAAAAAAUCGCGCUUAAGUUCAUCGAUACUUCGUCAAAGUUCGGACAUGGACGCUUCCAGACUACUGCAGAGAAGAGUUCCUUCAUGUUAUUAAACAAUCUAAGGAUUUAG